CUUAUAUUCAUAGCAAUAGUCUUGUAUAUCAUUUGAUAAGAGCUUCUAUUCUCUCUGGUUAAUUAAUUUCCCCACAUAAAAAAAUGAAACUAUUUGCGUUUUCGCUUGCAUGGCCUUUUGCCCUUCUAGCUUCUUUUCUGGCUUCAGCAGCUAUUGUGGAACAUACAUUCAAAGUUCAAAACACUACUAUCAAACGCAUGUGCAAGGAGCAAGUGAUUGUCACAGUUAAUGGACGUUUCCCUGGGCCAACGAUGAAUGUCCACGAAGGUGACACUGUAAUUGUCCAUGUUUUGAACGAGGGACCCUAUGAUAUCACUAUUCAUUGGCAUGGAGUUUUUCAGCUCUUUAGUCCUUGGGCAGAUGGUCCUGAAUAUGUGACUCAAUGCUCAAUAAAACCAAGAAGUAAUUACACGCAUAAAUUCAACGUGACACAACAAGAAGGAACCGUGUGGUGGCACGCUCAUGCAUCAUAUUUACGCGCAACAGUUCAUGGUGCAUUCAUCAUUCAGCCUCGUUCAGGCCAAUUUCCAUUCAAUAAACCUUAUAAGCAAAUUCCUAUCAUAUUAGGUGAUUGGUAUAAUUCUAAUGUUGAGGAUAUUACGGCCGAAGCACAGAUCACUGGCGGUGGACCGAAAACAUCUGAUGCUUUUACAAUCAAUGGUUUAACUAGUGAUCUCUUCAAUUGCACUGAAAUUGAGACAUAUAAGAUGAAAGUGAAGCAAGGAAAGACUUACAUGCUCCGAAUGAUCAACGCUGCACUCAAUUACGAUCUUUUCUUCAAGAUAGCAAAUCACAGUUUCACAGUUGUUGCCGUGGAUGCCUCAUACACCGACCCCUACGUCACCGACAUCGUAGUCCUUGCCCCUGGCCAGAGCGCUGACGUGUUAUUCACCGCGAACCAACCCAUUGGCUCCUACUACAUGGUUGCCUCUCCCUACGUUGUUGGUCUCGAAGACUUCGACCAAAACAUAGCUCGUGGCACAGUUAUUUACGACAACGCGCCACCAUCACCAAAACCCGUAAUGCCAAUUCUACCCCCCUUCAACGACACCGACACGGCUUUCAAAUUCUACACCAACGUAACGUCCAAAGUGGGGGCCCCACACUGGGUUCCGGUCCCACGUGAGGUGGACGAACGCAUGUUUGUCACCAUUGGAUUCAACCUAGAGUUGUGUGAUUCCAAGAAUGCGACCAAUGCCACGUGUCAGGGCCCGCUUGGCCAGAGAUUUUCUGCCAGCAUGAACAAUGAGUCGUUUGCGGUUCCCGCGGGUGUGAAAAUGUCUAUGUUGGAAGCGUUCUAUAAGAAUGUGAGUGGAGUGUACACUGCGGAUUUCCCUGAUAACCCUCCGGUUGUGUUCGACUUCACGAAUCUUGAUAACGCUAUGAAUGAGAGUCUUCUGUUUGCGCCCAAAUCGAUCAAGGCGAAGAAACUCAAGUUCAAUUCCACGGUGGAGAUGGUGUUUCAGAAUACAGCACUUCUCGGGGGGCAAAACCAUCCCAUGCACCUUCAUGGUUAUAGCUUCCAUGUUUUGGCUCAAGGGUUCGGGAAUUUCGACCCCGCCAAGGAUACACCCAAGUUUAAUUUGGAGAAUCCACAACUUCGCAACACGGUUGGGAUUCCUAUGGGAGGAUGGACUGUCAUCAGAUUCCAAGCAAACAAUCCAGGGGUUUGGCUUAUGCAUUGCCAUAUGGAAGAUCAUGUGCCAUGGGGACUAGCCAUGACUUUUGAGGUUGAGAAUGGACCAACUCCUUCAACUUCAGUUCCUCCACCACCUGCUGAUCUGCCUAAAUGCUAAUCAGGCCAGUUUCGAAGUGCAGAUCUACAUAUGAUCAGAAAUGGAUCAACACCAUCUCUCUCGCAUUUUAAUUUCUUCAAGUUGUGUCAAAAGUUUAUCUUUUUCUUUCGGUGUGUGUGUCAUAAGUUUAUAAUAGUAUUAUUUAAUGUUAAUGUAAUAUUGUUAUGUAUACAAAAACAAAAUGACGCCAUUGUCAUUUUGUUUUGGCCAAUAAACUAAAUUUUAGUGGAAAUGUCAGGAAUUUCAAUAUGCUGUAACAUGGCAUUCAAGUCAAUAAUAAUAGUCAGGCCCUGUCCCGGGAAUUUAUGGGGGCGAACCAA